GGGAAUGAGUGGGCAGGGCCAACGUGCUGUGAUCCCAACGAAACUGAGGGAUUUUGAGUUUUAUAGGUGAACGCCAACUGAUCCAGAAAAAUGCCCUGAAUUAAUAUUUAAUUUUGUUCAAAAAUUCAUUUCUCCCCCCCUAAUGAAGAUUAAGGGAUUAAGGGAAGACAAACGGAGCCCCCCUCUUUAGUCUAUCCUCUUUGUGUUAAACCUUCACAAUACCUCUCUGUAUUUUAUCUUAUCAUUGACCGGUGUUAGCUCUAUCAAUUCCUUUCAAUUCUGAAAACAUACGAACAUAACCUCAUUCCGUCAUUGUUGCUGUUGAUCAUCAGACAUCUGAUGAUGACAACAAUCAACAGCCCCAAGUUGGAAGUGCAGUGGUCCCCGGUUCAUCACAAUAAAUUUAUAACCUGGGGAACUGAGAUAUGUCUCUAUGAAAUAGGGCAAAUUAAGGAUAUCGUUCGAGCGUCAUGCAAACGAAUUUCUGAGAAGACAGUGGCGCACCAGCUGGCGACAAACUCGAGUCACCCCUAUGUCCGUUGCGUGGACAUCUACCCUCAGCCGGAGCCCGAUAUUCUCCUCGCCGUUGGACUUGCCAACGGUAAAGUCGUCCUCACGACCUUCGGCCCCACGGCCUUUGACGCCCUUGGGCUCACCGGCAAAGAACUUCCCCCAAAGCACGCACGCCAAUGCAACGCCGUCUCCUGGAACCCCGUCGACCCAAACCUCCUGAUCUGCGGGCUCGACAAGUACCGAACAGAUCACUCGAUCCUCCUUUGGGACGUUGUCCGUAGUCAGAAUGUGACGACCUCAGGUUUAGAUCGCCAGGCCCUACACCACCACACGACAGUAAGUCAAGCUGAUCACAAUGCAACCCUGAAGCCCCUCGCCGAGGCAGGUGUCUCGGAGACGACGCACUCCCUCAGCUGGUUCCCCAAUGAUUCAAGAUGUUGCGUGGCAGGUGUCAAUAAUAAACAACUGAAGAUAAUUGACUUCCGGGAUUCUGUUCGCAUGGCAAACUCCACCCCCACGAAGGCGGUGUACAGUGUAGCGGUGAAUCCCCAUAACUCGUACCACGUGGUCUCCCACGUGGAGAACCAAAUCACGAUUUGGGACACCAGAUACUUCGAGAAGCCAGUUCUCACGCUUCCCCAGAGUCGACCGGUGAUCAAAGUCCUCUGGUGCCCCACUCGUCACAACCUCCUGGGGACCAUCCAAAAGGACUCCAAUGCCCUCUACCUCCACGACAUCCAGCAUUGCGGCAAUAGUGUUGCAACCACCACCGCGGAGAACGAACCCAAUGGAAUUGUCGUGGGAUCCAGUGGUGGUGGUAAUGUUGGAGUGAACAGCGAGGAGACCGAACCUGGAGCACUGGAGAGAACAGUCGUUCCACCCUGGACAUCUUACCCCACGAGCUUCUCGUGGCAUCCAAAUCAUGUCAACAGACUUCUGGCGAUAUCUCACCAAGGAGUUCUGAGCGAUUACACCGUCUACGAGAGGAUCACCAUCAAUUGGUCGACCAGGUCCCACAUUGCGUGGAACCACGCGUCGAAGGCCAUCAAGUACUUGAGCUCCUCUGACAGUAUUUACAGAGGAUUCGAUGACAUCGCGAUUCUCGUCAAGAAGAGGGCCUUCACGGAUUACGGGCUUCUUCCGGAACUGUCGCAAAAUGGGGAACUGGCGGAGAAUGAUCAGUUGAAGAACUUGUGGCAUUGGUUAUACCUCAGUCGAUCGUUGGUUGAGGACGGGGUGAUUCCUUCCGGGGAUACCCAACACCCCGGGGUGAGGACGGUCAUGAAAUUGGAUUGGCUGUGCAUUGGCUUCAUAAAGUCGGAGCUGAUGAAUCGUCCGUGGACGGACAUCGGGUCGACCAGUCAUACAGCCAAGAUCUAUAAGUCUGCGGACAGGGACAGGGCCCUGCAGCUCUGCGGUUGGAGGUUUGAUGUCCCGAGUAAGGAGUCGGUGUUCGAGGAGAAGAACAAUUUGUUCAUUGAACGGUUGGAACGGGAGGGAAAUUACGCCAGGGCCACAGCUAUCUCGGUCUUCAACUUGUGCUUGAGACAGGCGAUUGAGAUACUGAACAGAGGUGCCAACAAGAUGCCGGCCUCCACGAAUCUGAAUAUCGUGGCGAUGGCUUUGUCCGGAUUUUCCGAGGAUCGGAACAGCAUGUGGAGAGAAUUAUGUCUGAAAUCGAGGGCGCAGCUGUCGGAUCCGUAUCUCAGAGCGACUUUCGCUUUCCUGACGGCAGAUGAUGACUCGUAUGAGGCUGUUCUCAAUGAAGCUGGGAUGGCCGUUGAGGAUCGAGUGGCGUUCGCGCUGAUGUUCUUGUCAGACUCGAAACUCGCGGACUACCUGAAGAAACUCACCGUCAAGUUGACGGAGGAAGGGGACCUCGCCGGAUUUCUCCUGACGGGGGCUACUAUGGACGGAAUUCAGCUGUUGAACAGGUACCUGGAGAUCACGGGAGAUGUUCAGAGCUGCAGUUUGAUAGCGAUCAGAGCGUUAUCCUCAGUGCUCCUCCAGGACACCCAAGUCAGAGAAUGGAUUGAGAAUUACAGGGGAUUGUUGGAUGCCUGGAAGAUGUGGAAUCAACGGGCACAUUUUGAUAUUGUGAUGAGAUCCUCGACGCAUGAAAAAUCACCACCACAAGUUUAUAUUUCUUGUAAUUUCUGUGGUAAAAGUAUAUCGGCUUUCAUGCAGGGCCUCAGCCGGGCCAGGGGACCCUUUGGGAGACUGGGGAACACCUCGAAUAAAUUGAAGAUGUCGUCCUGCCCGAGCUGCAGAAAACCACUGCCUCGGUGUGCUAUUUGUCUUAUGCACAUGGGGACUGUCAGUGGGUUUCAGGUGAAUUUCGCUGGAGCUGGUGGGAUGUCGAGUAGAAACGAUGAGGAUGGGAAGCUCACGGAGUUUGGGAAUUGGUUCACCUGGUGUCAGAGCUGCCGGCAUGGAGGACACACUGAUCAUAUUACCCACUGGUUUGAACAGCACACGGAGUGCCCCGUUACCUCCUGUACCUGCAGGUGCUUUUCUCUGGAUGCAUCGCAUGUCAUCGGGGGAAAUGCAUUGUGAGAACGUUAGGAAGAGGGAGAAUUGUACAAAGUGGAUAUUUAUAAUAAAGUUUCUGUUGUAUAUUUGACGUGUUCAGGUGCACUUUUCAGCAAAACAGGUAAAUUUUGUUUUGUUAUUAAUACAUUCGUUGACUCUCGAAGGUUUGCGUCAAGGGGAUCGUUUAAGUUAGAUACUUCUUCAGUUUAUUAACAGUACUGGUAUUCAGCUUAUCACCUCUGACGUCACGAAGAUGUUUGUUACUAGGCGGUUUAUUUACUCGUCGUUUUUAUGAGAUGUAUACAACCAGUGGAACUGCAUGAAGUCUGGUCAGUUUGGCAUUGACCGCCACAUUGAUCAACGAUUUUGAGGAACUGAGAUUAGCUCGUCAAUUGUAGUUAGACGAGGGUGAGGCUGAUCGUUAAAUAUUAGUAUUGGUCACUUGGUGGCAACGGCAACUAUUCGACAUCACCGAGCCACACAGAUUUAUAAAAAUGUCUGAUUAUUACGAGGAGUAUGAAAUCAUCCGAUCGGGAGCGGUCGCGGGUGGAGGCAUUCUGGGAACAGCAGCCUACGGACUUCCAGGAGGAGCUGUGGGAGGCAUAGCUGGCGGCGCAAUAACUGAUAGUGCAUACUCUGUGAUAUCCGGAACGCCUCACGGUUAUGUUGAAGACGUUACUAAUAUUACUACGGAUCUUAGCAAAGGCAGAUCACCAUUUAGAUCGGUAACAAGAGCAGGCCGCAGGUUGGGAACCGAUGCUGUCAGUGGAAUGGUGGCUGGAAAACUAUUUUGUCCAUCAGCUGGUGCCAUAGGAUUUAUAUAAAUUGCUCAGUAAAUGUUCGAAGAUAUAAAUCUUUAAUUUUUCAUGACAAUGACUGGAACAUAUUUUGGUAAAGGCAUUUGAAAAUAAUAUGAUUGUUAUUAAUCCUGAGUUAAAAUUGGAUUUCCUUUGAUGUCGAUGUAUUGCUUUAUUUGCAGAACAUGUGUAAUUAAUUACUUGUUCAAUAACUGUUAAUUGAUUAUAAAUGAUCUUUUAUCCAA